GUACGGUGUUGGCUAUCAGCUUCUGAUUGUAUCCCGUUCUGGAUUUACUUGCUGUUGUGUUUCCCCCUGAUCUGGCCCUCUUAUCCUUCAAAGUUAGCCUCAGCCUUAAGCAAGCCAAGGCAAGAUUCAAGUAAUAGACCACUGAGCACCUUGGUCUCUUUUCUUUUUCGUCGCUCUGAUUUUCAGCUGUUUUAAAGUGCGAAAGACGACGACUGCGACGGGACCCCAACAGUAACAGGCAGCUCCUCGUCAUAAUCCACAAAAACAAAGUGAACCUCUCCCGCCCUCCGCCCUCCUCCUGCUCCUCACAACAACCUAAACCACCACCACGAUCUACCAUCUCAUAAUUCGCGCUUCUUCCACACGCCCUUCACCUGCAGUCCACACGACACCACUCUUUUGCCGUGGACCUCCUGUGCUAUAUUUCUCCCUGUCUCUUACGUCCUUUAAUAUCAGGCGAGACGAAGUUUUUCUCUCUCCAUCUUCCCCUCCCUCCCUUUUCCUUUUCUUUUCUUUUUCCCUCACAACCUCCUACUGGCUUGUGAUUUUUGGUAUCAUCUCCCGCAUAAUCCAAUAUGAAUGUGACUCAGGUGCUGGAAGGCACCAUCUCGCCAGAUGCUGCCACACGUACCAACGCUGAACAACAGUUGCUUCAUGCGGCGGAGGUCGACUUUGCCGGAUAUCUGGUCACUCUAGGACAAGAACUUGCAAAUGAAAACACCGCAUCCCACAUCAGAACCGCCGCCGGUCUCGCCCUAAAAAACGCCUUUACGUUCAGGGAUCGAGAAAGGCUACACGAAGUUCAAGGAAAAUGGCUCCAGCAAAUUACCCCAGAAAUCAAGGCGCAAGUCAAGCAACUUGCCCUCGACACACUCAAGUCCGCAGACGGGCGGGCCGGUCAGUCCGCCGCCCAGUUCAUCGUCUCCAUCGCCGCUAUCGAGUUGCCCCGGAAUGAAUGGCCGGAUCUGAUGCAGAUCCUCGUCCAGAAUGUCGCGAGCGGCUCCAACGAACUGAAGCAGGCCUCUCUGGUCACCAUCGGCUUCAUUUGCGAGUCUCAAGAUUUGGAACUUCGUGAGAGUUUGGCGGCACAUUCCAAUGCUAUCCUCACAGCUGUCGUCCAGGGUGCUCGGCGCGAGGAGGAGAACAUGGACAUUCGAUAUGCCGCCAUCAAGGCUCUCAGUGACUCCGUGGACUUUGUCCGGUCGAACAUGGAAAACGAGGGUGAGCGCAACUACAUUAUGCAGGUCGUCUGUGAGGCCACUCAGGCCGAGGAUCUCCGUGUCCAGGCUGGUGCCUUUGGCUGUCUGAACCGCAUCAUGGGCGCCUACUACGAUAAGAUGAGCUUCUACAUGGAAAAGGCUCUGUUUGGCCUGAGCAUUAUGGGUAUGAAGAGCGAGGAGGAAGAUGUAGCCAAGCUUGCUAUUGAAUUCUGGUGCACCGUUUGCGAGGAAGAGAUUGCCAUCGAAGAUGAUAACGCUGCCGCUCAAUCAGAAGGCUUGACUGAUGUGCGUCCGAUGUACGGGUUCGCGCGCAUCGCUACCCGCGAAGUUGUCCCCGUUUUACUGCAGUCAAUGUGCAGACAGGAUGAGGACGCUGGUGAUGAUGAGUACAACGUUUCCCGCGCGGCUUACCAGGCUCUGCAACUGUAUGCUCAGUGCGUUCAGGCCGAGGUCAUUGCCCCUGUCCUUUCCUUCAUUGAGAACAACAUCCGUGAUGGAGACUGGCGCAAGCGAGAUGCCGCCGUGGCCGCUUUCGGUGCGAUCAUGGACGGCCCAGACCCCAAGGUUCUCGAGCCUCUGGUCAAACAAGCCCUGAGUGUUAUUGUCAGCAUGAUGGAAGACCAAUCCAUCCAGGUCCGCGAUUCCGCUGCCUACGCCCUUGGCCGUGUUUGCGACUUUUGCUCCGAGACCCUCGACCCUGAAGUGCACCUUCAACCCCUCAUCUCCUGCCUCUUCAACGGCCUUGCAAGCUCCCCCAAGAUCGCUAGCUCAUGCUGCUGGGCGUUGAUGAACGUUGCCGACCGCUUUGCUGGCGAUAUUGGCGCGCAAACCAACCCGCUCUCGAGGUAUUUCGAGGAGAGCGUCAAGUCGCUCCUCGCUCUCACCGAAAGACAAGAUGCGGACAACCAGCUCCGAACUGCGGGCUACGAAGUCCUCAACUCAUUCGUGACAAACGCUGCCAACGACAACCUUGGUAUGAUUGCUGGCCUUUCAGAAGUCAUCCUUCAGCGUCUGGAGCACACCGUUCCCAUGCAAUCGCAGGUUGUCAGCGUCGAAGACCGCAUUACCCUGGAGGAAAUGCAGACCGGCAUCACCAGUGUCAUCCUGGCCAUUGUUCAGCGACUCGAGGCCGAAAUCAAGCCUCAGGCCGACCGAAUCAUGACAAUCCUGCUCCAAGUCCUCUCCAGCGUGCCUCCCAAGUCCAGUGUACCUGACGUUGUGUUUGCCACCGUUGGCGCCAUUGCCAGUGCUCUGGACGAGGACUUUGUCAAGUACAUGGAUUCUUUCAGCCCCUUCCUUAACGGUGCCCUGGGUAACCAAGAAGAGCCGGGCCUCUGCUCCAUGGCCAUUGGCCUCGUCAGCGAUAUCUCUCGUGCACUGAACGAAAAGGUCGCGCCGUACUGCGAUACCUUUAUGAACCACAUGAUGACCACUCUGAGCGUAAGUAGCGCGUGUGUUGCUUUCGCGAUCUAUGCUAAUUCUAAACAGAGCUCGACGAACCAGCUCAAGCCUGCUAUCCUUGAGACAUUCGGAGAUAUUGCCCAGGCUAUCGGUGUCAAUUUUGAAAAGUACUUGAACGUCGUUGGCACCGUGCUCAAGCAGGCCUCCCUCGUCACUGCUAACUCCGACGUUACUAUCGAGAUGCUCGACUAUGUCAUCUCUCUUCGUGAGGGUAUCAUGGACGCCUGGGGUGGUAUUCUGAUCGCAUACAAGGGCAAGCCUGAAGUCAAAUCUCUUCAGCCAUUUGUCCAGCCUAUUUUCGAGCUUCUUCGCCUCAUUUCUCAGGACCCCACUACUCGCAGUGAGGGACUGAUGAGAUCGGCGAUGGGUGUUCUUGGUGAUCUUGCUGAGGCAUUCCCCGACGGCUCCAUCUCUCAGUACUUCCGCAACGAGUGGGUCACGAGCCUGGUGAGGGAAACCAGAACCAACCGUGAAUAUGGUCCUCGCACUAUCGAAACCGCUCGCUGGGCCCGCGAACAGGUCAAGAACCAGAUCAACAUGCAGGGCGGCGGAAUGUCAUAAACCACCGGUAUAAGAUCGAUUCUACCAUUGGCACCAACGCCCUCGGUAUCUCCCGAGACACAACCUCGCAGUUAAGAGGUACCGUCUACCUUGGAGUCCUCCGGACACUCAAAUGCCAUGACUAGCGGCGAGCUGCAAGCCAACUCGCCGGCGUUUGCGACAACCAAGCUGGCACAUCCCCCUUGACACAUGUCCCCGUCAUCCUCUAUACCCCGACUCUUUUGGCUCAUCCCCUCCCCUAGCCUACCCUACCCGAUCCCGCCCCUGUGAUGUUUACAUAUCCUUGACCUUUUACAAGGACAGCUGGUAAACAUAUGCUUUUCGGACGUUUUUACUGUUAUGACAUGUCCCAAAUGCACACCAUUUACCCAUUUCAUUUCAGACCCCUGUCUUCUCCCUCUUGACUUUUUUCCUCUUCUUCUCAUUAUUAGACUCGCAUCGUUUCCCCUAGCUCAUGUAUGCCCAACUUAUGUAACCCCUAAGAGAUACACCGCCAUGAAGUACUUGACCCACGUGCUAGUAUAAUCUGACCCUGACCUGACCCUCACAUAGCCCUCGCCCUGACCCAAAAGAACCUGUAUAGAGAAUGACAAAACGUUGAAUAAGCACG